CUAGUAGAGCAAAAGAAAAAUAUCCUAGCGUCGGAAGUCGAACUGGGCGACACAAAGGCAAUCUUCAUAGACCUCUGAUGAGUCUGAUCUCUGCCGCGUGAUUUGUUGGGCAAAGAACAUGGAGUACAGAGACAAGCUAGUCCUUGCCCCAAUGGUUCGAGUGGGCACGUUGCCAUUUAGGUUACUUGCGGCUGAAUACGGUGCAGACAUAACAUAUGGGGAGGAGAUUAUCGAUCAUAAACUUCUCAAAUGCGAGCGUCGAAUCAAUGAUGUCGUUGGUUCUACUGACAUUGUGGAGAAGGGAACAGAGAAUGUUGUUUUCAGAACUUGCAAGGAAGAAAGAAAUAGGGUAGUAUUUCAGAUGGGAACUUCUGAUCCUUUGAGGGCUCUUGCCGCGGCUCAGAUAGUGUGUAAAGAUGUUGCUGCAAUAGAUAUCAAUAUGGGUUGUCCCAAAUCGUUUUCCAUUAGUGGAGGAAUGGGUGCUGCGCUGUUGGCUAAACCAGAUCUCAUUCAUGAUAUUUUGACAACAUUAAAGCGGAAUUUGGACACACCAGUAACUUGUAAGAUUCGAUUACUGAAAUCAUCACAGGAUACAAUAGAAUUAGCACGGCGAAUUGAGAAAACUGGUGUUUCUGCCCUCGCGGUCCAUGGAAGGCGAGUGGCGGAUAGGCCAAGAGAUCCUGCUAAGUGGAAUGAGAUUGCAGAAGUUGUAGCAGCGCUCUCUAUUCCAGUUAUAGCAAAUGGUGAUGUCUUUGAGUACGAAGACUUCCACCACAUAACUUCUGUGACUGCUGCCUCAUCUGUUAUGGUUGCUAGAGGAGCUCUUUGGAAUGCUUCGGUUUUCUCUCCAAAGGGAAAAAUCCCCUGGGAAGAUGUGAAAAGAGAGUAUGUUAGGAAGAGCAUCUUAUGGGAUAAUGACAUCAAAAGCACAAAGCAAACAUUGAAGGAAAUGAUAAUGCAUUAUUCUUGCCUUGAAUUUCCAGAGGGAAAGGCUGUGAUUAGAUCAGAAACUUUGGCAGAUAUAGCGCUACUUUAUGGGGAAGAAAAGUAUUACAAAUUUGUCAAUGAGAACAGGUUACUGUUUGGUGGAAGUAGAUGACAUCAAUUGGGCAUGUUUGCCUUCUUCUAGACAGUGAGUCUCUAUUUUAUUACAGAUUCUCAUGUUAUAUCUGCCCAUUUAAUUUAUUAAGUCACUGAAUCUAGUUUGUAAAUGUGAACAUUUGUAGACCUUGAUAAAAGAUUCUCCAAAAAACAAAAGAAAUGUAUUUUUCAGAUAUUUGUUUUCUCUGUGGGAAUUAAUAAUCUCAACACUUUGCUUUCAAUGGAAAAAAAUAGGGUAAAUUGCACUUCACACCCCGAAAGAUUUUAAGUUUUUCAUUUUAUACUCUCAAAGAUUAAAUUUUUCAUA